AUGGGUCAUAAUCAAAGGGUUUGCAAUUAUGUUGUGAACGUAGAAGCUCACACAGAUAAGUCACAACAAGAUCAUCACAUGGAUGAUGAUCGAUCUAUUUCCAAUAUUUCUUCUACGGCUAAGGGAGCAUGGCAAGUUGUUCAAUUUCCAAAGAAAUCCAGCCUUCGAAGAUCUCCUUACACUGAUGAUCCACCAGUGCUACUUCCAGUAGCGACAAGGGAGGCAAAGCAGUCAGGUAAGCAAGGGGUUAUUAACCCUACUAACCUUCCCUUUACUAAGCUAAAUCUAAAUGGUUCUAAGCUACCACCCACCCUUAACCCGGUAUUAGUAAAUAAUAAGUAUAAUAGUUUGGUAGAAAAUCCACCUGAAAAGGAUAUGCCCUUGUUAAACCCAAUACCCAAUAAUUUCCAGUUCUCAAAGACCACUCAAGUGCCUAAGCACUCGGUCCAAUUGGAGCAAUCUUCAAAACCUACUCCUUCUCAAAUAUCAAACCCUAUCACUACCCAUGCAACUGGACACGACAACUCUUCUCACAUGCACAACAUGCCCCCAUACCCAGCCACACCUUUUUCACCUCCACACGAUAAAUAUACACCUACACUACCACAUACUCCACCUCCUCCUUUGAAUAUAGGAAGUCCUCCAUCAUUUCAACCUACUAUUGCUAUAGGCAAUCAUGAAUCUCCCAUUACUCCCCUCCAGUCCAUUACACCCCCUUCUUGUCAAUCUAGUCAACCGCCAUCUUCACCCAUUGACAUUGCUCCAGUUCCACUUAGGUCACCAAAUAUAUCCCCUCCCACUUUGACUCCUCCAUUACCAGAAUCUCCCAUUAUCAACCAUGUUCCCUUCAACUUCCUCAAUCACCUCCGACGACCAAGAUCUCACCAAAGGCAGAAUCAUCGCCUACAACACAACCCCAGCUCUCCAGCUCACCCUCCCCCUCACCUAAUAAUGGAGCCAAACACGAUAAUCUACACGGCACAAACACCAAAUUCACCAACUCUACUAUCAUCUUGGCUGGAGGCAGGCUUGCACAACCAUACUCUCACCUUCACCAUGCAAGUGAAUCACCAAGAGGUGACGAUCCUGAUCAAUCAUCCUAGAGAUUUAGCACAAAUCGUGAUGGAAGGGAUGUAG